UUUAUUUUUCUCGGAAUUUCUUUUCUUUUUGGUCUCUUCUCUCUCUCUUCUCUCUCUCUUCUCUUCUCUUCUUUUGUUUCUGUUUUGAACGCAGGGAAGAAAGAGAGAGGGAAAAAAAGAGAAACACAUUUUCUCAUUUCGUAUUGUGGACUGUGCUGUUUGUUCGGUUGAUUUGAUUGGAGGUCGAAGAAGAAGAAAUUUCCAUCUGAUUCCUUUUUUCUGCUGGCAUCUUUUUGGAUUUGUUAAUUUCUUAUUUUUUGGUGAAUAAGAUGAAUAUGAUGCGGCGGCUGAAGAGCAUUACUUCCGGCCGCUCCUCCGUUUCAGAUCCUGUUGGGGAUUCUAGCACUAUCAAGAGGGUGAAGGUGGAUCAAGAAUUCAAUCAGAGACUCCCGUGUGGAGUAGAGGCAGUAGAGAACAGUAUGAGGGAUCCGGAGCAGCACAAAGCAGGUGAAGCUGUUGCUAGCACAUCUAGUAGCAAUCAUGAUAGACAUGACAAGCCUGGCCACGAUGAGCUUCCUAAGGAGAUGAAUGAGAUGAAAAUCACAGAUGAUAAUGAGGAGAGUGUCAAGGAUGUGGAGCCGACAGUCAUCAGUGGCAACGGGACAGAAACAGGUCAGAUAAUCGUGACUUCAGUUGGUGGCCGUAAUGGAAAUCCAAAACAGACAAUGUCUUACAUGGCUGAGCGAGUUGUUGGUACUGGUUCAUUCGGCGUUGUCUAUCAGGCUAAAUGCCUUGAAACGGGUGAAUCCGUGGCUAUAAAGAAGGUGCUUCAGGAUAGGAGAUAUAAGAACAGGGAAUUGCAGGUUAUGCAGUUGCUUAGCCACCCAAACGUUGUGCAGCUGAAGCAUUCCUUCCAUUCUACUACAGAGAAGAAUGAGGUGUACCUUAAUGUUGUUCUCGAGUUUGUACCAGAAACUGUUUAUCGGGCUUCCCGGCACUACAGCAGAGUGAAUCAGCACAUGCCUGUCUUUUACGUGCAGCUUUAUGUAUACCAGAUAUGCCGGGCCCUAAAUUACAUUCAUAGAGUUAUUGGAGUCUGUCACAGGGACAUUAAACCACAGAAUCUACUGGUUAAUCCUACCACACAUGAGCUUAAGAUAUGUGAUUUUGGGAGUGCAAAGAUGCUGGUACCCGGUGAACCAAAUAUCUCCUACAUCUGUUCACGGUAUUAUAGGGCUCCCGAGCUCAUCUUUGGAGCUACAGAAUACACGACUGCGAUUGAUAUGUGGUCAGCUGGCUGUGUUAUGGCUGAGCUACUCUUGGGGCAGCCUCUCUUUCCCGGGGAAAGCAGCGUUGAUCAGCUAGUUGAAAUAAUCAAGGUUUUGGGAACUCCAACGAGGGAGGAAAUCAAAUGCAUGAACCGAAACUACACAGAGUUCAAAUUUCCUCAGAUUAAAGCCCACCCAUGGCACAAGGUAUUUAACCGGAGAAUGCCAGCUGAGGCAGUGGAUUUGGUGUCGAGGCUCCUCCAAUAUUCCCCGACUUUACGUUUCACAGCUUUGGAGGCUUGUGCACACCCUUUCUUCGAUGAGUUGAGAGCACCAAGCGCGUCCUUACCAAACGGGCGACCACUGCCUCCUCUUUUCAACUUCUCACCAGAAGAGCUGGCUGGCGCACCUUGCGAGCUGCUGCAACGGCUCAUUCCAGAACAUUCGAGGAAGCAAACUUCAUGAAACCAGGAAAACUAAGUAGAAGAGAUUGGUGAUGUAGAAAUUGGAGUUCAUCGAGUGGAUGACAAGACGGUUCUGAUGAAGCACGAUGAAUGGCUGCUCGGAAAUCCUCCUUAAACGGUGCUGACUGCUUUGUACAUAUGGAUGCUUGCAAACCGGAGAUGGUUUUAUUAAUUUAUCUCUCUUGUAUUUAGUUCUUUUUGAUCAAAUUUUUGUUCCCAUUAAAAGAAUGAGAUUCCCUUUUUGCGUUUUCGUGAUUCAUUCGAUUUGUAAGUUUCUUACUCCGUCCGCCUCACUCUAAGCAGAACAUCUUUUAUUUGGCA